AUGGGACAUUUCACCUAUGCAGACGGAAUCGCCGUAUUUCAACUUGUUUUCUUUGUCCCAGGUCUGCUUUGCAGCAUCGCCGUCGCGAGACGCCAUGGCUUCAGAAGAACCUCUGGGUGGAUUUUUUUAGCCAUUUUCUGCGUCAUCAGAAUAGUCGGAGGAGCAGCAAGACUCGCGACACUCAGCGAUACAACGUCCACCACACCAUAUACCAUCGCCUUGAUCUGUUCACUGCUCGGCCUGUCGCCAUUGCUGAUGUGCUCCCUGGGACUGAUCUCGCAAACAUAUUGCUCAUUCCUGAGACAGCCAUACAACAAUCUCUUCUCAACAUUCGUCGUCAGAGCCGUCCACUUACCAGCAAUCAUUGCGUUGAUUCUGUGCAUCGUGGGAGCAACACGUGCCGACACUCCACAGCUGAUCGAGAAUGAGGCCACGGUCCAUGUCGGUAUUGCGCUCUUCGUGGUCGUCCUUGUGAUGCUCACAAUUCUUGCCAUUGGUGCAUGGCUCCGUAUACAUCGAAUUGGAAAAGGGGAGAAAGCUUUGGUCCUAGCAUCGCUCUGCGCCUUGCCGUUCCUAUACGUCCGGACUGUGUAUGCUCUCUUGGCAGUGUUCUCGCACUCCGAGGUUUUCAGUCUGGCCUCAGGAUCGACGAGCUCAGAAACGACAUCAUUAUGCAUGUCAGUCCUAGAAGAGAUGGCAGUGGUAGUCAUCUACCUGGCGACGGGGCUCAAGCUGCCGUUGAACACUGAAGGUGCCGCCGAGACGCGUGAAAUGGGCUUGGCCGAUAUGUCCUCGGACAAGUAA